UCAACCUCAGGCGACAACACAGAGCGUGAUCGACAUCUAUUUAAUGGGCAACAUUCAUUUGGAAUAAGUUCACAUCGAAACUAAGAUUUAAAAGACGAUUAUCAACCAGGCUACUUGCUCUUUGGACAUUCUGCUGGCAAGACGAGUUCAAUUCCCUUGCAAAUGCCGAUACAGACCAAUGAUAAAGACUGAAAGGAAGAAGUCAAGGGAAAGCCUACAAGUAAUACAGAGAGUGACAAUCAUUGUGCAAUAAUGGAUCAAGAAUAUGAAAAGGACUAUGAAAACUACACAUAUGACUAUUUAGAGUAUGGCGACAUGGAUGACUCCAAAGGAAGUUAUACACAGAAAGAAACUCUGCAUAUAAUUUCAGUGGUUAUUUAUAGUAUUUCUUUUGUCCUGGGUCUCACUGGGAAUGGAAUUGUGAUAUGGGUCACAGGGGUCAAAACCAAGCGGACUGUGAAUAGCCUAUGGCUCCUGAACCUGGCUGUGGCCGACUUUGUCUUUGUGCUCUUCUUGCCUUUCUCCAUCGACUACGUGCUCCGAGAUUUCCACUGGCACUUUGGACUGGUCAUGUGCAAGCUGAACUCCUUUGUGUCGAUGAUAAACAUGUACGCCAGCGUGUUCUUCCUGAUGAUCCUCAGCAUUGACCGCUACAUCUCGCUGGUGCACCUGAGCUGGUCCCAGAACCACCGCACGGUGAGCCGAGCCAUGUGGCUCUGUCUGGGGGUGUGGCUGGUGUCGGCCGCCCUCAGCUGUCCAGCGCUCAUAUUCCGCGACACUAUGGAGUAUCACGGCCGAGUGGUGUGCUUCAACAACUUCCACGCGCACAACGGGCGUUUGGCGGCCAUGACACACAUCACACUGGUGGUCUUGCGCACCACGCUGGGCUUUGUACUUCCUUUCAGUGCCAUCUGUGUCAGUGGCAUCCUGCUCACCGUCAAAGUCCGCCAGUCCACCACUGUCCACGUCUCACGUUUCUCCAAGACCGUGUCCGUGGUCAUCCUGGCCUUCUUCUUGUGCUGGAUGCCCUUCCACGCGUUCAGUCUCAUGGAGCUGACCAUGCACUCCUCUCUGCUGCUGCACACAGUGCUAAAGACUGGCUUCCCGUUGGCCACCAGCCUAGCGUUCUUUAACAGCUGUGUCAACCCUGUGUUGUAUGUGCUUGUCAGCAAGAAGGUCAGAGACUUGUUGAAACGCUCCUGUCUCGACAUCACUAAGAACUCACUGCGAGAGCUCAGCCAGUCAAUCUCAGCCACGAAAUCGGCUUCCCUGCCAGCCAUUAGCUACUCUCCACCCGAGGAGCCCAUUGCAUCGUCUGUUGUAUGAUCUGAAGGCCUUUCCACAAAGACGCAGUGUGGAGACUUACAGCAGGCGGUUACAGCCGUUACAUGUUUGGGAGACUUUCCUGUUCCACAUAGACAUUAGCUUGUUUCUAUGGGUUUUACUCAUGUUUACUUUCUGUGGGAUAGUGUGCGUGCCUGUAUUUACACUGCACAGAGUGCCAAGUUCUGAUGACAACAAAAUGCUCGAGGUGGAAAACCAGAGUAAGUAAGAAACCAGCCUUGCCUAAGCUACAUCUUGGACACAGGAAAGACACAGGAAUUGAUUUGAGUGAAUACUUAUCACCCCCAAAUUGACAACAUAGUCAAACAUCAACAACACUGACUAAACAGUUAGAGUGUGCACACUGUAUGCAAUGUCACAGUGAAAUAUCACUAUGUUAAAGUGAAUUGUUGUUGUUUUGAUUUUGAUUUGAUUUUGUCCCAAAAAAAGUAUCAAUGAUACUGGUGUAAUGAUUUGCCCAAUGAUAGUGUUUUGUUGUGUUUAACCAAUUUGUAAGUGUAAUUAUUACUUAAUAUAUCCUAAUAUACAGUAUAUUUUACUCUUAUGUUGAAUUCAAUGAACUGAAUGUAUGUUUUCACAAUUUAUACAGUAUGCCUUAUCACUACUGCACCAGAUGCUUGUAAAUAACAGCAACUUCCCCAAAUUGCAGAAAAAUUACAUCAUUGACUAUUUGUCCAUGUUCUGAUAACAUAAUCUGUGAUUUGGAUGAAAUCCUGCAUUUGAGUUACUGCAGCCUAUCCACUGGGCCUUUUCAUACCCUACUCCACCAUCUUCUGGUUGACUUGCAGAAGUAUCCUAACCUGCCUGAAACAUUUGUUUGCUUGCAUCUGGUUCAAUAGUCCUUCCAAUUUAAAUGACUGGUUGAUGACUCCAGUGAGCUGCAAUAUUAGACCAUUGUUUCUUUAUCUCACAACAGUUAUUUGACUGCAGUCUUUAAGAUUAUGUGAAUGCAAAUUCUCAGGAUGGUUUAAUCAAAGUUUUAUUUGAAUGAAAAUGGUUACUUGAAGAAUGUCAGUCUAUUUCUUUGAAGGCCUGUACUCACGCUAAUAAAUUCCUGUACAUGAUGUCUUUCUCUAAUUUCUAUAACAUAAAAAUAAAGUCUA